AUGGUAUCUACCGUUUCGAACUACUGCCGGACAACACGACAGUUACUGCCGUUGUCUACUGCGCUCAACUGCAAAGACUGGCCGGCAAGAUCCGCAAUAAGCACCCGAAGCUCGACAACGUUCGCCUGCUGGACGAUAACGCGCACCCUCACAUCGCGAAGAAGACUUCCCAGAAAAUUCUGGAGCAUCGGAUGGGAAGUUGUGCGCCCACCGAAUAGACCAGACCUGGCCCCGAGCGACUACCACCUCUUCCGAUCGCUUCAGCAUCACCUGGAAGAGAAGCGCUACGAUGAUCGUGACCACCUCAAAAACGACCUUCGCGCUUACUUCGCCUCCAAGUCGCCGGAGUUCUACGCCAAAGGAAUCCGUGAUCUUGUGAGACGUUGGCAGAAGGUUGUCGAUGUUGAUGGAGAUUAUUUCGUCAAAUAA